UUUUUUUUCUUUCGUUUUUUAGACUUUUUUUUAUUAUUAUUAUUUUCUUAUUUUUCACAACUUUUGUAUAUCCUCAUCAUUUUAAAAAUGUCUUCUGCCAUGGAUUUAGAUGCUUCUCUUGAUGAUAUCAUCAAGAAAAAACGACCUCAACAGCAAAAAAAGAUUAAUAAGCCUCAACUUAAAAACAAUAAUAAACAGAACAAAAACACCAACAAUAACAACAAGAACAAAAAGAAAAAUACUGGUAAACAAGCCCAAGUUCAACAAAAAACUACCAAAAAUACAGGUAUCCUUAGUCGUUUGGGACGUAUUGGAGUUCAACAACAAUCAAAGACCACUAUGAAACAAGGCAACCGACCUGCUCUCACUACACCAUUGCGAACAAAUAAAGGACGAAACACAAUCUUAGCAAAGGCACUAAGUAAAACGGCAACAAAGGCCUCAACACCUUCUGCAGACCCAUCCAGUAUUGUGAUUACCAAACAGAUCUCGUCAAGUCGGAAUUCAUCAGAUGAACUACAACGAUCUUCUGGCUCUUUUGCUUUCCAACAAAGAUACCAAUCCCCAUUCUCUAUUGCACAACAACAACCAUCUUUUCGACAGGAACCUAGUUUUUCGAUUCGUGGCGUGUCAAGAUCACCUUCUUCAUCUUCUUCUGGUAUUUCGAUUCGUGGCGAGUCUGGUCCUGCAAGUGUUUUAAUCAGCAACUUGGAUAGAGAAGCAAAUGCAGAUGAUAUCAAGACGGCUUGUUCACAAUUUGGUGAAGUGAUUGGAUGUGAAGUAUUUUAUGACAGAAAUGGACGAUCGGUAGGUGAAGCCGAGGUGGAAUUUGCAAGCAAGGCAUCUGCAUUGGAUUGUAUUGCAAAGUUAGAUAAUGAAGAGGCUGAUGGUCAAAUCAUUAGGGUAACAUUAAGGGAACGACCUAAUAAGUACCUUCGACAAAGCGAUACACGACCUAUUAUUGCAAGCACAGUUGCUUAUCCUUCAACUGGUAAAAUGUAUGCAGAUCAAAUGAACACCACGUCAAGAUAUGGUGUACAAAAUGGAAGAAGAUAUUGACAAGGGAAAUAAUAAUUCAGUUAGUUAGUAGUGAUAGCGGUGCUUCAAUAAACAAAAUAAAAAGUAAAAAACUAGUUUGUUCAUUU